AUGGAGGCCCCGGAAGUGCCUGUGGGGUCGUUGAUUGACUUUGGGACUGAGCCACCACCUUCUUCUCCCCUGGAGGCCCUGCCACCACAGCUACAGGACAGGGACAGCUCGCUGGGCGAUGGUGCUUCAGAGAGCGAGACCACCGAGUCCGCGGACAGUGAGAACGACAUGGACGAGUCACCCUCCCACCCAUCCUGGGACCAGUACCGCCGUUCCUCCUCCAAUGACUCCUUCUCAUCCAAUCAGAGUGCCACGGAUGAAGAGGCCUUGGAACUCAGAGAGUUCAUGUGCAGCUAUGUGGAGAAGAUCUUCUCCGGAGGGGAGGACUUGGACCAGGAGGAGAAAGCCAAGUUUGGGGAGUAUUGCAGCGGCGAGAAUGGGAAAGGCCGGGAGUGGUUUGCCCGAUACGUGAGUGCCCAGCGCUGCAACUCCAAGUGCGUCUCAGAGCCGACCUUCUACCGCCUGGUGCAGUCGUUUGCGGUGGUGUUGUUUGAGUGUCACCAGAUGGAUGACUUUGGGCCCGCCAAGAACCUCAUGACCAUGUGUUUCACCUACUAUCACCUCGGUAAGCCACACCUGCUUCCCUCAGAAUCCAAGGAGAAGCCUGCAGGGAGCAUAGACUCGUACCUGAAAUCUGCCAAUAGCUGGUUGGCGGAGAAGAAGGACAUUGCUGAGCGGCUCCUAAAGAACACCUCAGCAAAGACUGAGAAUGUGAAGGGCUUCUUUGGGGGCCUGGAAACCAAGCUGAAGGGGCCCCUGGUGAAGAGAAACGAGGAAGAUGACGACAAACCCAAGGAGAAGCAGCAGAAGAUGGUGACCGUGUGUGGUCCGGAAGAGGAGAAGAAGGGGGAGAAGAUCUACUUGUACACACACCUGAAGCAGCAGCCCAUUUGGCACACCCUGAGGUUCUGGAAUGCCGCCUUCUUUGAUGCUGUCCAUUGUGAGAGAAGAAAACGGUCUCCCACCACCAGAGGGAAGGCUGGAGAGGAGGAGGACAAGAGGGAGAAGUGGUGCCACAUGACCCAGGAGGAGCGUGACGACAGCCUGCGGUUCAAUGAGAACAUCACUUUUGGACAGCUGGGUACAUUCACGCACAACAUGCUGGCUUUCGGGCUGAACAAGAAGCUGUGCAAUGACUUUCUGAAGAAGCAGGCUGUGAUCGGCAACCUGGAUGAAGAGCAGUACAAGCUGCUCAGUGACCACAUUGAGCAGAUGGCCACCGAGUAG